AUGCCCGCCAACGGAGUGAAUAGUGUCGAGCUGGAAGUGAUCGAGGAUGUGGCCACGACGUACGCCAGCGGCUCGGACAGUGCUGGCGUCUCGGAGGACGAGGACGUGCAGCAGCUGUUUGUGAGCGGAGCGCACCACAUCUCCAGUGUGCCACCACUGAAGAAGGCGGUGGAAACACGGGGAAAGAGCACGCAGUUCCAGGGCUCGGCCUCCGAGGGCUUGGCGGCGGAGGUGUCCGAGAAGCGUUACGCAAGUCUGCCGAACCGCGAGCAGCACCAGCAGUUCCUGACGGACUUCCUCACCGAGGUGCUCAACUCGGCCGUCUUCAAUGCGACCGACCGGGCGAACAAGGUCCUGAACUGGGUCGACCCGGAAGAGCUGAAGCGGACGCUCGAUCUGGCGAUCAAGCAGGAGCCGGACACGCACGAGAAGCUGCUGGAGUUGACCCGUGCCACCAUCCGGCACUCGGUCAAGACGGGACAUCCGUACUUCAUGAACCAGCUGUUCUCGUCGGUCGAUCCGUACGGAUUCGCUGGCCAGGUGCUGACCGAUGCGCUCAACCCGAGCGUCUACACGUUCGAGGUGUCGCCGGUGUUUGUGCUGAUGGAGGAGGUGGUGCUGCGGGAAAUGCGCACGAUCGUCGGCUACCCGAACGGUGAAGGCGAUGGCAUUUUCGCUCCCGGCGGCUCGAUGGCCAACGGCUACGCAAUUAGCUGCGCGCGCUACAAAUUCAUGCCUGAUGUGAAGGCGAAAGGACUGCAUGCUCUUCCACGAUUGGUGAUCUUCACAUCGGAAGAUGCACACUAUUCCGUAAAGAAGCUGGCGUCGUUCAUGGGCAUCGGUUCGGAUAACGUCUACGCUAUCAAAACAGAUGCGAUUGGCAAAAUUUGCGUCGAUCAUUUGGAAAGCGAAAUCUUGCGCGCCAAACAGGAGGGAGCGCUGCCGUUCAUGGUUUCCGCCACGGCCGGCACCACCGUAAUUGGGGCCUUCGACCCGCUGGAGCAGAUUGCGGACCUGUGCGCCAAGUACAACCUCUGGAUGCACGUCGAUGCGGCCUGGGGUGGCGGUGCGCUGAUGUCCAAGAAGUAUCGUACCCUGCUGAAAGGAAUCGAAAGAUCCGACUCCGUCACGUGGAACCCACACAAGUUGCUGGCCGCACCGCAACAGUGCUCCACCCUGCUGACCCGCCAUCGCAAUAUUCUGUCCGAGUGCCACUCGACCAACGCGACCUAUCUGUUCCAGAAGGACAAAUUCUACGACACCCGGUACGAUACCGGCGACAAGCACAUCCAGUGUGGCCGGCGGGCCGAUGUGCUGAAGUUCUGGUUCAUGUGGCGCGCCAAGGGUACCGCCGGGUUUGAGCAGCACAUCGACAAGGUGUUCGAGAAUGCCGAACACUUUACCAGCAGUAUUAAGGCACGGCCCGGGUUCGAGAUGGUCAUCGAAAACCCGGAGUGCACGAACGUGUGCUUCUGGUAUGUGCCUCCGGGACUCCGGGGCGUACCGCGGGACUCGGCCGAGUACCGGGAACGGCUGCACAAGGUCGCGCCAAAGGUGAAAGAGCGCAUGAUGAAGGAAGGUUCCAUGAUGAUCACGUACCAACCGAUCCACGACAAGCCCAACUUCUUCCGGCUGGUGCUGCAAAACUCUUCACUGGACAAAUCGGACAUGAACUACAUCAUCGAUGAGAUAGAACGAUUGGGCAAGGACUUGUAGAUACAUACGCGUUUGCACUGACUUGGUCCUUGUUGUUUCAUGUUGCUUAAAUUAUUCCCCUCUUUAUCACGUACAGUUGUAUUUAUUGAACGCAUUCGUUGCUAGCUUCUAAAAAACAAAUCACAAACUGGAUUCUAUAAGACGACCGUUGGUCGAAUUGCGAUAACGAUUAAUUGGGAAAGACAGGGGGCGUAAGAAAGGGAAUGCAUCCAAUGCAAAGUGUACUACUAUUGCGAGAUAAAAAAAAACAAGCACACACACACAAUUAUUAAGUGAAAUUGUAACUUCCCUGAAGGAGGAGUUAUUCGCUUAAGUUUACUUAUUUUUACUG